AUGGAUGCUCCCAGCGGCGGAGUUCCGCCUGCCAAGGAGCCGUUGGAAGAGACUGCCCCGGCGGAACAGGACACUUCUACAGCCCCUGCCGCUGAACCAGAGAAGCAUCGUGACCACAUCUCCAUCUCAGGCUCGACGGCCACGUCCGGAGGUCCAAAAGAGAAACAGCCUGCGACCCAGCAGGAUGCCCCUGACCAGGACGCAGCCUUUGCGCAUCUUCCUGAGGAAGAGAAGCAAAUAUUGAAGACACAGCUCGACUCUCCCCCGGUCAAAGUGAACUUCUUCGGUCUCUAUCGAUAUGCAGACGCAUGGGACUGGCUCAUCAUCUUCAUCAGCGCCAUCUGCGCCAUCGCUGGUGGUGCUGCCUUGCCGUUGUUCACAAUUCUUUUCGGCCAGUUGACUACUGCGUUUCAAGGGAUCUUCCUCAAUACCAUGUCGUAUGACGAAUUCUAUCAUCAACUCACCAAGUACGUUCUUUAUUUUGUCUAUAUCGGAAUCGCUGAAUUUGGUACCGUCUACAUUUCCACGGUGGGUUUUAUCUACACGGGCGAGCAUGUCACGCAAAAGAUCCGUGAACGGUACCUUGAGGCCAUCUUGAGGCAGAAUAUCGCCUACUUCGACAACCUCGGUGCCGGCGAAAUUACCACCCGCAUCACUGCCGACACAAAUCUCAUCCAAGAUGGUAUCUCCGAAAAGGUUGGACUCACAUUGACGGCAAUGGCGACUUUCAUCACAGCCUUCGUCAUUGCCUACGUCAAAUAUUGGAAGCUCGCCCUCAUUUGCACUUCUACCAUUGUUUGCCUGGUCUUGGUCAUGGGUGGGGGUUCGAGAUUUAUCGUCAGAUUUAACAAGCAGUCACUCGAAAGCUACGGUGUUGGUGGAAGUGUAGCAGAAGAGGUCCUCAGCUCGAUCAGGACGGCGACAGCAUUUGGAACCCAGGAAAGGCUCGCUCAGCGAUAUGAGCGUUACUUGAAAGAGGCAGAGAAAUGGGGAAUGAAAUUGCAGAUCAUUCUUGCAUUCAUGGUGGGCGCUAUGUUUGGAAUCAUGUACCUCAACUACGGCCUCGGAUUCUGGAUGGGCUCUCGGUUCCUUGUCGACGGAGAAGUCAACGUGGGUCAGGUCUUGACGAUUUUGAUGUCGAUCCUCAUCGGCUCAUUCAGUUUGGGAAAUGUGUCGCCACAUGGCCAGGCCUUUGCCAGCGCUGUUGCGGCGGCGGCGAAGAUUUACAGCACAAUCGAUCGUACUUCUCCUCUGGAUCCGUCGUCCAAUGACGGUGAGACUCUGGAGCAUGUCGAGGGCACCAUCGAACUGCGAAACGUCAAGCACAUCUAUCCGUCACGUCCAGAGGUAGCUGUCAUGGACGAUGUGAGCCUGUUCAUCCCCGCUGGAAAGACCACCGCUUUGGUCGGUCCGUCCGGAUCGGGAAAAAGCACCAUCAUCGGGUUGGUGGAGCGUUUCUACAAUCCAGUCAAAGGCACGGUUCUCCUGGAUGGCCACGACAUCCAGACGCUGAAUCUCCGGUGGCUGCGACAACAGAUCUCGCUUGUCAGUCAAGAGCCCAUUCUGUUCGCGACCACCAUUUAUGAGAACAUCAAAUUCGGUCUGAUCGGCUCGCGGUUCGAGAAUGAGCCCGAGGACAAGAUUCGGCAGCGGAUUGAGGACGCAGCCAAAAUGGCCAAUGCCCACGACUUCAUCACAGCAUUGCCUGAAGGGUAUGAGACUAAUGUCGGGGAACGAGGCUUCUUGCUGUCUGGUGGUCAGAAACAACGUAUUGCUAUUGCUCGUGCCGUCGUGAGCGAUCCCAAAAUUCUCCUACUCGAUGAAGCCACGUCCGCGUUGGAUACCAAAUCUGAAGGUGUCGUCCAGGCCGCUCUUGACAAAGCCGCGGAGGGCCGGACAACCAUCGUCAUCGCCCAUCGGCUGUCGACCAUCAAAAAUGCGCACAAUAUUGUUGUUCUGGUUGGCGGAAAGGUCGCGGAGCAAGGAACACAUGAUGAAUUGCUGGAUAGCAACGGUGCUUACUUCAAGCUAGUCGAGGCGCAGCGCAUCAAUGAAGCGAAAGAUGCCCAAGCUGUGCAAGUUGAGGAAGAAAAUGAAGCAGAAUCCGAUCUUCCCGAAGACCCAGUCGUUCGAGCCACGACUGCGAAGAGCGAUGGCGCAGUGGAUGGGAAGUCAUCGGAAGCACUUGAACGGACUAACACGAAGAAAUCGCUUUCCAGUGUCGUUCUCUCCAAGAAGGGUCCUGAGACCGACCGACACUAUUCCCUGUGGACUUUGAUUAAGUUCAUUGCCUCGUUCAAUCGACCUGAGACUGUGAUCAUGCUUAUUGGUCUGGUGUUCUCGAUGUUGGCAGGUGGUGGUCAGCCAACGCAGGCCGUUUUAUUCUCCAAAGCUAUUACCACCCUUGCUCUGCCUCCUAGCAUGUUCGCAAAGCUGAGACAUGACGCCAACUUUUGGUCACUCAUGUUCCUGGUCCUUGGAAUCGCCCAGUUUUUCCUCUACGGCACCCAGGGCGCAGCCUUUGCGUUCAGCUCGGAAAAGCUCAUCCGUCGAGCAAGGAGCCAGGCCUUCCGGGCCAUGCUGCGUCAAGACAUCUCUUUCUUCGACAAGGAAGAGAAUAGCACUGGCGCUCUGACCUCCUUCCUCUCGACCGAGACAAAACAUCUGUCCGGCAUCAGCGGAGUGACUUUGGGAACAAUCCUGAUGGUUUCAACCACUCUCACUGCUGCUUUGGUGGUGGCUCUUGCCAUUGGAUGGAAACUCGCUCUUGUUUGUAUCUCGGUGGUUCCAGUGCUCCUUGCCUGUGGCUUCUACCGGUUUUGGAUGCUGGCCCAAUUCCAGGCAAGAGCUAAGAAGGCAUACGAAUCGUCCGCUAGCUAUGCCUGCGAGGCUACUUCGGCCAUCCGCACUGUUGCGUCCCUGACUCGGGAGGAGGAUGUCUUGGCGGCCUACCGCGCUCAACUCCAAAAGCAGGCGAGGGCUAGUCUGAUAUCAGUCAUAAAAUCGUCUCUUCUGUAUGCUGCUUCCCAGGGUCUUUCCUUCUUCUGCAUGGCUCUUGGCUUCUGGUACGGUGGAACUUUGCUUGGGCAUCAUGAAUAUUCUAUGUUUCAAUUCUUUCCACCGAUAGAUGUCUGGUCUCCAGACGGAGAGCAGGUUGACAAUGUGGAGGGAACUAUUGAAUUCCGGGAUGUCCACUUCAGAUAUCCAACUCGUCCGGAGCAACCAGUCCUCCGCGGCCUGAAUCUGACAGUCAAGCCGGGACAGUACGUGGCCCUCGUCGGUGCCAGCGGAUGCGGGAAGAGUACCACGAUUGCCCUCCUGGAGCGAUUCUACGACCCUCUUUCGGGCGGUGUCUACGUGGACGGAAAGGACAUCUCGCGGUUGAAUGUCAACUCUUACCGGAGCUUCUUGGCCCUCGUCAGCCAGGAACCUACGCUGUACCAGGGCACCAUCAGGGAGAAUAUCCUCCUGGGGAGCAAUCAGGAAGACGUGCCCGAAGAGGCUAUUAUCAAAGCGUGCAAAGAUGCCAACAUCUAUGAUUUCAUCAUGUCACUUCCGGAGGGCUUCGAUACCGUAGUUGGCAGCAAGGGAGGGAUGUUGUCCGGCGGACAAAAACAACGUGUGGCCAUUGCCCGCGCUCUCCUUCGGGAUCCCAAAAUUUUACUUCUCGACGAAGCCACGUCGGCGCUUGACUCGGAAUCAGAGAAGGUGGUGCAGGCUGCCCUGGACGCCGCUGCGCGAGGACGCACGACCAUUGCGGUGGCUCACCGUCUCAGCACUAUCCAGAACGCCGACAUCAUCUACGUGUUCGACCAAGGCCGGAUCGUCGAGAGUGGAACACACAGCGAGCUUAUCCGGAACAAAGGCCGCUAUUACGAAUUGGUGAACCUGCAGAGUCUCGGAAAGACUCACUAG